AUGCAGGCCAUGAAUAAAACCCUUGCUCACAGCCCAGCAGCCCAGGUGGUGGCCACAGAUGGUCAGCACCCACCAGCGCUCAGUGGCUCCUGCCUGGCAGAAGCGGGCAUCACAGCAUCUCAUUCAUGCUUCCCAAGUUUCUGUGACCAAGGAAGUCACUCCCCAGUGGCCAAACUGGUGAAACUCGAGGCUGAACGAGAAAACAUGGAAGACAAUCUGGAGCGGUCCCUCACUGGCCCAAGAAGCUAUGAUGGAGGUGAUGAUGGAGGCCUACAGAGUGCCCUGAGAAGAAGGCAGGACCUCCUGCACAAACUCCGGGAGCAGCACCUUCUCGAAGAGCUCUCUGGGCCCUAUGCCUGGAGUGGGAACCACAGGAGAAGUUACAGGCCAGAGGUGCCCCCAGAGGUGCCCCCUGUCCAGAUCUACCCACCCUUCCCUGCAGGGCCUCAGCCAGAGAGGCCCAGGAUCAUCCAACAGACGGUACCCCAGCCACCGGCAACCAUCAUCCAGCAGCUGCCUCAGCAGCCCCUCAUCACGCAGAUCCCCCCAGCCCAGGCCUACCCUGCCCCAAGGUCGGGAAGCAUCAAGGAAGACAUGGUGGAGAUGAUGCUGAUGCAGAAUGCCCAAAUGCACCAGAUCGUUAUGCAGAAUAUGAUGCUGAGAGUCUUACCGCCCACAGCUUCUCGGGCCCAUGAAGUGAUGGCGCCCUGGCUUGGGUCUGCUCAGCAGGACCCACAGUGCGUGUUGCGAGCUGAAAAGCCCAGGGCCUCCUCAGUCCACCAUCAUCACCACUACAGCCCCCCAGGCCUCCAGGCUCUCCCAGCGGCCCUGCCCCCAGUGGGCUACCCCGUUUGGCCUUCCCUGCUUCCAGCCCAGACCAUGACCCAGGCCCCAGGCCUCCAGCCCGCCAUCCGGCACGUGAUGGGGCCCACAACCACCAUGCCUGCCCUCAACACGGUGGUGUCCAAUGGGGGCCUCCCGGGUCUGCCCCCAGGCUUGUAAGCCUUGUGGGUCUCUGACACUGGUUCAGUGAAUACAGCCAAAUGGGCAACGAGGCGAAGUCUGGAGAAAGCUCUUCCUAGGGCGGCAUCAACCGGGGAAGGGAUGAACACGUGGUGGCGUACGGAUGUCGUGGAACAUUUGUGCUGAGAGGCGAUGACGGAGGCUUUCAGAGGAACUUGGAUGAACAGAGGCAGGGGGAGGCGAGCAGAUGCAGUUUGCAUAAAGACGACGAGUCAGGCAAUUGUGGAAGACUUGGGAAUGCUGACGGGGUGAUGAUUCUUCGAGAUUCCAGAGGACCAAUGAUGGAACGUGCUCCUGGCCUUCUAGUAGAAGUGAAGGACUCAAACUGGGAAAUGACACACACACGUGUGUGCAUGGAUUGUCUUCUGGACGCAUCCAAUGUAGAACUUGGUUUUGUUUGGCAGUCUACGUUCUAUUUUUCUUUUCUCGAUUUGGGGGAAGAGGGAGUUGAAGUGGGAGGGAAAAGGGUAGAUUUUGUGUGACCCUGGAAGCCGUGAGCAGUGAUGGCCAGAUUCCCGUCUAUUUUUAUAAGGAUCAUUUAAAUGGGUUUGUUUGCCCGACUUCACGGAAACAAGCCAGACUGCGAACACAGGCAGACUUCUGGAUGGACGACAGAGUUUUAGGUGGAAAGCAUUUAUUCAGAUGGUCCAACCCCACUGGUAACAAGGUGGCCGUCCAGCAUCUGCUUGGGGGUGGGCAGCCCCUUGUUAGGAAGCUUUUCUCACACUUCCAGAAUGCAUCACUCCCGUCGAGGUUUCUCUUUGUCACCCCCUGGAUGGGUUUUGGCUAAAAAGGGUUUGGUCUGGGUUUCCAGGUCAGCCAGGGAAUGCCCUCUGCCCCUGCCCAGCAGAGCCAACAAGGCCAUCAGUAGGCCCUGUCCUGCUGACAUCUGCAAUAAGAAAGGCCUCCCAGAGCACCUACUGACCAGCAUUCAGGUAGAGAAGGAAGCAGGAAACAUGGGCCAAGCAAUUCAUCAUCAUCCGGCAGCCAGUCUAUCGUGGCCUGGCCUCGCUGUGGCUCUCCAGAGGCUCCGUUUGGGAACGUCUACGUGGGAGGACUGCCAUUCAGCCCCCGACCCCUUCACUUGCAGGUCUGAGGACCAGCUGUGCUUCUGGCUGCACAAAGACCCCCACUGCCUGGCUGUUUCCCUUCCUCCCCCCACCCAAAUCCUGUGUCUCGGUCCAUUGUGGUGGUGAUGCGGUUCUCUGUGCUGGCCAGGAUGCAGGCACUUGGUACUGUCCUGGAUCGCGAGUGCCCACCCAGGGCAUGACAUUUCAAUGGCUUCUGGAGAAGCAAACAGGAGGGCAUUUAUUUUUUUAAAUUAAUAAAGUAUUUUAUUUU